GACUUCUCCUCGACCACACCGCCAGUCCUCCAGGACCUGUGUGCCGAACUGGCGGAGAACGGAUCCUUCACUGGCCAGAACAAGGCGGAGUACAGGCGGGGUGUUACUGCUGUCUCUUUGGCAUCCCGCCGCCCAUCCACUCCGGAGACGGACGAG